CGCAUCGCAUUGCAGCAGGGAGUCGGCGUCUCUCUACUUCUCGGGGCGCACCCACCCUCCCUCCCCGCGCCCGGACCCCCUGGGGCGGAGGCGGCGCGGGGGGGAGUGGGAUCGAGGCGGGAGCUCGGACUGGGUUGCGGCGGUUGCGCCAGUGGCUCUUUGGGAACCAAUAUGAGUCCGGCGCCCGGGCCCCCGCAGGAAGAACCUACCCCGCGUCCUCCAAGAGCUCUUCCACCAGUACCAAGUACACAGCAAGAUGACAUUCCACUUAAUCGUCCAAAAAAAAAGAAACUCAAACCAAAAAAUGCUCUAGGUAGUGCCUCUCCAGAAGGCAUUCUUCAGGAUACAGGCCAUCAGCCACCUGACAGCCAUGAACUGUUGACUCAUGAACCUCUGGAGCAUUCAGAUGCUCCAGUUCAAAGGAAACGCAAGAAGAAAAGAUUACCUAUUGAAUCAGAGACUUCUUUCACCCAAAAGAACCCUCCUAAUACAGCUCUCUUUCUAAAUGAAAAUGGCAUGGAUUUGGAACAAGCUGAUGAACCAGUUCCUCGAAAACCUCGAAAGAGAACAAAGAGAAGCCAGCCAGUGGGGCUGCAUUAUGCUAAUGAACUAGGAAUAGAAGAGGAAGACAUCAUUGCUGAUGAACAAAACCACCCAGAACAGCAGCCUUCAGUAUUCGCUGCACCCGUGGGUGUCAGCCAGCCUGUGGGAAAAGUAUUUGUAGAAAAAAGCAGGAGAUUCCAGGCUGCUGACAGAUCUGAAUUAAUUAAAACCACAGAAAACAUUGAUAUGUUAAUGGAUAUAAAGCCUUCCUGGACGACCAGGGAUGUUGCACUAUCUGUGCACCGAGGCUUCAGGAUGAUUGGUCUCUUUUCUAAUGGCUUCCUUGCUGGCUAUUCUGUGUGGAAUCUUGUUGUAAUUUAUGUUCUAGCAGGAAAACAAUUGUCUGAUCUCUCCAACUUCCUGCAGCAAUACAAGAGUUUAGCUUAUCCUGCUCAGAGUCUUCUUUAUCUGCUUUUGGCUAUAAGCACAAUUUCAGCUUUUGACAGGAUUGAUUUUGCUAAAACAUCAGUAGCAAUUCGAGGUUUUCUUGCCCUGGACCCAACAGCUUUGGCUUCUUUCUUGUACUUUGCUGCUCUUAUCUUGUCUCUGAGCCAGCAGAUGACAAGUGACAGAAUCCAUCUUUAUACACCUACAACAGUUAAUGGGAGCCUCUGGAUAGCAGGUACAGAAGAACAAAUUCUCCAUCCCUGGAUUGUGGUGAACUUGGUUGUGACUCUUCUGGUUGGACUAUCUUGGCUUUUCUUAUCGUAUAGACCAGAGAAGGAUCUCAGUGAAGAAUUGAUGUUUUCUUCUGAUGUUCAAGAAUAUCCUGAUGUGGAUAAAGAAACCAAAUCUCCUUCAUGAUGUUAAAAAAAAUCUAUCUUUAAAACUAGUACAGUAUUUUUAAUGUUCCAAUUGUGACAUAUAAUCCUUUUUAAAAAUGUAUUUUUAUAAGAUGUUUGCAAAUGUAUCUAAUAUUACUUUGAUUAUAAAAACUUGUUCUCCAAGAUUAUGAAAAAUAUUUAACUUUUGUACCUUGUUUACAAUGAUCAAUUUCUGUGGCAUUUAUUAUCUCAGUGUGGGUAGAAACCUGUAGGGGAAAGUCUUUUAUUCUUUUUGUCCUUUCCUGUUUUUUGAAAUUAUAUUGGCAUAUGUAGUAUUUAUUUCAUGUGACAUUGCAAAUGCUAGAUAACACUAAUAAGAAAGAAGCCAUAACGAUUUAGCAUUGCAAUGAUUUAUAUGCUGAAUUUAAGCACAAAUUCAGGAAAUAGAAGAUCUAUGUACUGUAAAAAUCCUUUUCUGAAUUUGUCUAAAUUUAAAAUUCAAAUUUUCCUUGUUGGAAAACUGCAUGUGAAUUAUAUAUAAUAAUUUCUUUUUUAAGAAUUAUUAAUUUGGGAGGCUUUUUUAUUCAGCUCUUCUCCUCCCCCUACCAUAGAAGGCAUCGUCCAGCAAAAUAUGUAAAUUAUGUCUUUGGUGUUUCUACUUCUUAGUUCAUUCUCUAGAAGUGAACAUUCAAAAGUUAUUCUUCAGAUAUAAAAUCUAUAGCUGUAUAUAAUGUUCUCUUGGUUCUACUCAUUUAACUACAAUAAUUUUUAAUGUAA